UUAAAGUUCCUUCUGUGAUGUUGAAGCUGUGUUUAUUGCUUGGCGUGUGUGCCUGCGUCUGGUCGGCACCUCGGCCUAGAGGAAGUUGCCUGUUGCUAUGUGGUGGGAAUGGUGUCACGUGCAUGGAUGGAUACGAAUGUAAGAGUAAUGGCUGUGGCUCGGAAUGUUUCCAAAAGAGUGACUACAAACUGACACAAAAAGAUUGCCCUCCGUUAUCAUGUCUUCUCGCGUGUCCACUCGGGCUUGUACGAGACAAACAAGGUUGUGAGAUUUGUAUGUGUAAAUACAAUCUGCUGGAACUUGGUUAUUGACGGCGUGACUUAAACAAUAAAAAAAACUGCUACGGAAUUAUGGACUUAUAUUAACCAGACAGCAACGUGUCCGAGGUAUAUAAGGUUUGCUACAGGGUUGUUGUUCCCUUAAUCAUUUAAGCCUUAUCUGACCCAAGGGUUCUUAUGUACUCAGUUCGAAAAUAUUGGAUAAAUAAAAAAAAAAUCAA